AUGGGGACGACUUGGUUUUCAGAAGUGACUGAAAAGAGGAAAGGAAGUGGGAUAGUAAAUGUGAACAGGGAGGUUAAUUGCGAAGUAAAUGAGUUUGCUGCAGAAAGAGCUGAGGCUCAGAUCCUCAAAGGCUAUGGUCUGCAGAAUAUAGGACAGUAUCUUGGAGUGUGCUGGGACAUCCAAAGAUUGAAUGAGGAUAGUCACACAGUAGUGGCUGGAUCUCCUGACAUCAGUCUGGACUAUGCUGAGAAGGAGAAAGCUGCAGCCAAGGCUCUGGAGGAUGUGAAAGCUAACUUCUACUGUGAGCUAUGUGACAAGCAGUACCACAAACACCAGGAAUUUGACAACCACAUCAAUUCUUAUGACCACGCUCACAAGCAGAGGUUGAAAGAUUUAAAACAACGGGAAUUUGCUCGAAAUGUGGCUUCAAAGUCAUGGAAAGAUGAGAAGAAACAGGAAAAAGCACUCAAGCGGCUCCACCAGCUUGCAGAGUUACGGAAGCAGUCAGAAUGCAUCACUGGGAGUGGAUCAUUGCUUAAAGCCCCCCGAUUAGUCAUGGAAAAGCAACAAUCACCAGAUAGCAUUUUCCCCUACAAGGGCAGGAAGUUCACACCCAGUUCUCAAAGAACGGCCAUGAGUGAAGGACCAGGUUUCUCCAGCAGUGUAAUAGAGAAACAGCAGCUUGUCAUAAGCAGGCAUCAGUCCCCUACUGAAAGACCACAUGCACUUGGAAAUCAAGUCCCACAAGUGUUCCCAGACAGCACCAACACUUCUCAAAGGGCAGGAGUGUCCUUCUCAUUCUCUAAAAAAGUCCCUUUGAAGCUCGAGUCCUCAGCAUCAGUCUUCAGUGAGAACUCUGAAGAAGGAAAUGAUUGUAGUGAAUCCCUCAACCGCAAAACAAAGCAAGCUCUUGAGAGUUGCCUUUCUGGCACAUUUUUGGAGAAGGACAUGAAAGCAAGCUUGAGUAUAGGGCUACCUAUUACGCAAGACCAAAUGGAUUUGGAUAACAGUACAUCAAGUCAUGUAGCUGCAAAACUUAAAAUGCUAAAGGAAAAUGAUAAAACUAGUGAUAGAGAAUUAGAAGAAAAGGUCAGUGCUUACUCUUCAUUUUCCAAAGGUAAAAUGCAGCUUUCAAAUUUGGAUUUUUCUGGUUCACUUAGAGAGACAGAGCAAGAAAGCAAAUUGAAUAAGCAAUUGUUAGAAACUUUCAUUUCACCUUCAUGCCAAGCUGGCAAUUUUUAUACACAGCCAAACACCUACAAGCACAGCAAUGCCCACCUGCCUGACCAGUUACCUGAGCUCCCACAACAGCCAGCACCUGAGCUGGCAUGCACAAGCAACAUUAAUGACAGUCCUGGGGUGGCAAAAAGAGAAAGAUCUUUGGAAAGAUCAGAAACUACAAAUGAGAAUAUGGAAACACUUCCAAAGGAGACCAUGACUAAAGAGAUUAAGCCCCAGGCAUUGUCUUUCCUCCAUGUAGUGAGCAAAGAUGGUACCACUGCUCUGCAGUGGCCCACAGAAUUACUUUUGUUUACAAAAACUGAGCCCUGUAUUUCAUACGGCUGUAAUCCAUUGUAUUUUGAUUUCAGACUCUCUUUAAAUCACAGAGAUGGUAAACAGCAUGAAACAAACAAAGCAAGCUGUAAAGAGCACUCUAUAAAUAAGACUGCAGAUGAAAAUGAAGCCUCAGGUUUAAUAAAACACACGCAAAUGUCAAAUGAACAAGAUAAUCAGUUGUUGAAACCAAAGAAGAUGAAAGGUUCCCUAAAUUCGAAAAAGGCCAAGCAAAAAGCUGAGUCAGACAUAGAGAAAGAAAUGGAUGAAAAUGGUCAAAAAUGCAUUGCAGAUUAUUUGAAUGAAAAUAUACCCAAAGUGCCUGCUUACCUUGAUGUCUCACAAAAGGAGUAUGUGACAGAAAAAAGUCUUCAUACAACAACACUGAGGAGACCUUUAAAGCAUCAUUUUCAUAGCUGUGAAAGAAAAAAACAGAAGAUUAGAAAUGAAAGCAUUUCUUUUUCUGCUUUUAUGUCUAGGAUUAAAAAGUCUAAAGCUGCAAAAUGUCAUUUAAUUUAUUCUGAAGCAAAAUGUGAAAGCCAAAAUGAGUGCAGAUCCAUUCAAGAUGUGGCCAGCUGUAGCAGUGACAUAAGUGACAGUGGAAAAGACUCUAGUGGAAGUUUCCUUAGUUAUAAAUCCAGUUCAAACAGCAGGUAUUCAGAAAAUGAAGGAUGUGGAAGUUAUACGAGAUGCUGGAGAUUCCCGUCUCCUCAAAAGUCCUCUUCCGACAGACAUUCCAGCUAUUCUGACACUUCAGUUAGCAGUAUGAGUAGCUACAUGAGCUACAUGAGUCCCACAUCAAACAAUCACAGCAGAAAUAAUUUGCUUUUUUGUUGUAAAAGAAAAAGCAAGACAGCUGAAAGGCACAAAUGUAAACACAGAAAGCACAAGUGUAUUUUCACUUCUGAUGAUAUAGGUGAGGAUUAUCUUUGUUGUAGUAGAAGUCACAGAAUUAGAAACUGUACACAGAGGGGUACAAUUAAAUAUCAAAGAUGCUCAAGACAUAAAGUUUUACAACACAGAGACAGAUCUAAACACAGCAGAUGUAGACACCAGCAUUUUGGCAAAGUACAUAGUAGAAGUAGAAGCUACCAUAGCUCCAAAAGUUGUUCCACUAGAGGUUCCAGAAGCAGUGAAAGAUCAUCUAGUAGCAGAAUAUUAAGAGGUAGCAGUUCAGGAUCCUUCCCUAAAGAGACUGACAACUGUGACAACAAAACAAAAGACGAUACAGAAAGAGGUUCUAACACCGAACUGGGAAAAGCUGAAACUCCAUAUUACGAAUCUCUGAAUGAGAAUAAUCAGUCACAAAACUUUGCCACCUGUUCUUCUGAAAUCCUGGCAAAAGACAUAUGUGGAAAAAGAAAGUCACUGACAGCCAAGUUGCUUUUAGAAAGAGUGCAGUCCAAGAAAUCCCAGGAACAAAUGCAUGACUCAGAAAGAUGUUCAAACAUUUGUGGGGUAGAAUUAAAGGAUCACUCACAAAGUCACUUUGCUCUUCACUUUUCGUCAUCAGUAGAUGACAUUGCAAUGUUACCUUUGCCAGAGAAACUGCUAAGCACAGGUGAAAACGUUGUGGUGCAUACUGAAAUCAGUUCAUUGGAAACCAGUGUGAAGAAAAACAACUUUGAAGGGUCAGAGAUAACUAAUGUUGCUCUUUCAACAGGCACUGAUUAUGAUCAUUGUCUUUUUAAAGACAUCAUUCAAAUAGGAACAGGCUAUAAGAGCCCAAGCAUAAAAACGAACACAGCAAUAAAGGAACAAUCCAAUCCCUUCAUUAGCGAAGCGCAACCCUUUAUACAAAGCUGUGACUCAGUACCAAAUGAUUUCCCUGGUGCUUUUUCCUCUAAUAGAUACUCUGUUGUUGCUAAUUCAACAGAGACCAAAGAACUACAUGAUGUAAACAUGGACCCGAACCAGGCAGAAGGCGGUUCAGACUCUCUUUGUGACAAUGCUAUGCAGAAGUAUGAUGACACAGUAAAUGACCUUGAAGUGUACAGUAAAUCCACCUCCUCUCCUUUAACACAGCAGCCUAUCACCUUUUCACCAGAGGAGGUAGACAAAUACAGGUUACUUCAGCUGCAAGCCCAGCAGCAUAUGCAGAAACAGCUUCUAGCAAAACACCUGAAAGUUUUGCCUGCCCCAGGACCAGCUGCCUUCUCUGCAACACCAGCAGUUCCUGCCCUCCCUGUUCAGCAGCAUGCCACUGUCACCACCAUCCACCACACACUGCUGCAACGCUUUGCUGUUUCAGCAUCUGUGCAUCCCCACAGCAGCCAUCUCUCCCUGGCACCCCUCCACCCCCUCUCUCAGGCCCAUUUCACUCCCAUAUCACUUUCCCCAUUAGCACCAGCCCUCAUUCCCACCCACCCUGUUUUGCUGACAGGACACCCAUUGCACUUGGUCUCCACCACCCCCCUCCACCCUUCCCCACUGACCUUCCCAACACUGACACACACUGCAUAUAUCCCAGCCUUAUUUACACCACACCUGAAUGCAACCACACCUGCUAUACAUCCAAACCCCUUAGUCCAGCCACUAUGCCAAGGGCAAGAGCCCCAUCACUAUUCGUGCUCUAGCCAGACCCAACAGUUACCUACAAUAAAAGAAGUUUUCAGUGUUUCUAGCUAUUUAAACUAGCCCAAAUGAUUACAACAUGGCUCCAAACCCAAAACAAAAUAAGUUCUUCAGUGUUCAAUCACAUCUGAGGGAAAAUGUAUUGUUUUGCUGAGAGCACAAUGACAAAUAUUUUAAAGUCCACAUUCUGGCUACAGCAUAUGAAUGUUGAUUUUGUUCUUGUAUCACUGAGAAAAAGCUGGUUUAAAGCCUUUUAUGAUAGGAGGACAGGGUCCAGCUAGUGUCAUUCUACAGAAGGUUUGGAGAGAGGUGUGAAGUCUGUGACUUUCAGUAGGAAAGGGACUGCAGCACCCAGACACAACAGGACCAAGAAUAUCAACACCAAUGAGUGAUUUAAAGCAGUCCAAUUUAAGGUAGAAUAAUCUUGACACACCUCAAAUGUUUGCUUUUCUGAGCGUGUGUAUGCAAGUGCAUAGUAGUUGGUCUAGUUAAGGUAUUUCAGACUGAACAAAAAAGAAGGUAUCUGGGACCACAAGUCCCUGGUUCUGUCUCCUGGGCCCAAAAAACUGGGAAGCUCCAGAAUGAGGGGUGCCUUGUUAACACUGGAAGAAGAGGGUCACAACAAUAUUGCAAAGAUACUUUAGUGAUUUUUUUCCCUGGGACAUGUUGCUUGGACAGUGUAAAGGGACUGCAGUCUGGCCACAGGUACAUAACAAAAAAGUUCCCUUAGUGUAGGGCACUCUGCUGGCACAAGCAAGCAGCUACUUUUCUCACUGAGCGAAGCAUCCAAGAAGGCAGGGGAAAGUAGGGGAUGAAGCCAAGUUCUUUAGCAUUGCAUGGCUGUGGCUGUAGCAUAGGGUAUGUCAGGGGCAGGCUGCAGCAGCCCAGAGUUGCCAAGCAGCUAGGGCUGGCUUUGAACUUCAGAGGUCCUUGGCCAAGACUGCAACAUUUCUUUCCUACCAAACAGAGCUCUGAUAUGUAGGUGAGCCUUGCCAAAAAAAUGUGUAAAUAUGUUUCAUCCCUUUCACAAACAAUAUAAACAAUUGGCUGGUCCUACAAAAUCAUGUUGAUAUUCAUAAAAAUGCAGAAGAAAAUUCUGAGCGGAAACUGGCUCUGAAGGUCAAGUCUCAUAGAAAAUCAUGUCACAGUUCUCAGCAGUUCAAUGUACAUUGAAUCUAAAUGAAUACGUCAAGAUAAUCGCAUGGCUUCCCAAACUCUUAACAUACAAAUUGAAGUUCUGAUUCUGCAGUGUUUGAAUGCAUGUAUCCAACCAUCAGGGCAAUGCGUGUUUGAAAGUGCUAGUAAUGGCUGUGUAUUUGGAAAUAGGUCAGGGCUUCAGCAUCUCUUUGAAUGGCACAUUUUGACUAUUUUUAUAAUGUUUCUAACUCAACAUGGGAUAUUUAGCAUGAAAUUAAGUUUAUAAUUGUGGUUAGACUGCAGGCAUGCUUCUCAAUAUAAUUGGACAGUGAAGUGUCUGACAGACAGUACCUGUUUGGAUUAGAAACAUUUGAAAUUAUUUCAUUUGCAAUUAUGUAGUACACAAUUACUAAUGUAUCUUUCAGAACUGAAAUAAAACACAUUAAAAAACUUUCGGAGGAUUUCAUUCCAUUAUAUUUGGCUAUGGAAAGAAACAGAAAAUCUAAUUGCAGUCAAAUUGAGUAUUAAAAAUACAACUUAGGACCAGAUUUCUAACUUAGUUUUAAUCAAACUAGAUUGAUCCAUUGCAAUAAAAUUGAAUUGUUUUAAUUUCUAAAAGCAGCUGCUUCAUCAGAACUGGUAUUGUGCCAAACUUCUCAAGUGGCUUUACAAGUCGUGACUGCUUGUUUUGUAUUUGGAAAGUUAAUGUCUCUUUGGAUACUUAACAUUUUAGCCACCAAAUAAAAGCUGUCAGGAAAAGAAUUUGGAGACUGAGCAGAAGCCAAACAUUUUUAUAUUGAAAAAGGCUGGUGAAACCAGAACCAUCAAAUAUCUUUUGGUUGGAUUCCCAGCUGAUUUAUUAAUUUCACUAAUAAAAUAUAUUCAUGCCAUUUUGGAGUUACUUACCUUUAUAGUUUAAUUUUCUCAUUUAAAUUGUAGGGAACUUUUUUAAUUUAAAUUAUUGCUUCAGAAUAAAGAGAGUGAGGGAUUUUCUUUGGGAAAGGUGUUAAAAAUAAAUAUUUACACAGCUUUAAAAUUUUCCCUUAUUUUUUGGCUGAAGAUCUUCCCCAAAUUAAAUAUGAAUUUACAUCCUUCUAUACUUCUGAAACUUUAUUUUCUGAGAAUCAAACGUCUUUCACUGAAUAUGACUUAACACCUCUGAAUAUUAGUACUUGCUUGCUCAGAUGGAGUUCACUUUCUCAGUGAGCUACUUGAAAACAUUAGUUAUAAUUCUGUAGAAACACUCUGAAUUGGACAUUUUAAAGGAGCAGGUCAACCUGUCCCCCAGAAGAGGCCGACGAAGCUGCACAGCCGUCAAGUUCAGGGCCAAUACCAGCCUAAAAGAUACAUUCCCAGCCCUACAAACUUUUAAAUUUAUGAGCCCAGUCCCAUUCUUAUUCAAGAAAAGAAAAAAAAAAAAAAAGCUGUUCUCAUUGUAUAUAUGAGUUCAUUUGAAUCCAAAGUAAAUAACACCAAGAUAAAAAAAUGGAACAGAAGAAAUGACAGGCUGAUCUCAUCUUUAAUGUAUACACAUGCAUUUUCUAUCCCUGCUUCUAUAGGCAAUUCCUAUAGCAAGAAACUUGAUCAAUUGAAACUUAACAAUAUCCUACUAUGUAGAUAUUUUAUGGAAUAUAUUUAUAUAUGUUUCCUUUAGUGUAUGCACAAUACAAUAGGAUUCAAGGAAGGAACCAAUUCAUAGGUCGUCCAUUCAUCAUUGUAUAUACCAACAAGGAUGGUCUGGUAAGGCAAAUGAAUAGACAAUAAAGAUAAAAUUUAAUUCUUGGAACAAUGGAAAUUAGGAUUUUAAGAAGUAUUAAUGUAAAAAAAAAAAAAAAGGAUUAAGAAGGAGCAGAAACAGCACAAUAGCAAGACAGUAAUCGUUGACUACCAACAAAGGGAAUGUCCAAUAUCAUCCUGAAUACACAGGAAGGAUUUUUGUAGAGAAAUGUAGUAAAAUUAUGAGCACAGCUGAGAUGAUGUAUUUGCUCUAAUUGCUGCCAUAUUUGUUGUUCAUCAGUACUUCAAAUAUGCAUCAUUAUUAUUAUUAAAAGCAUAAUGGAGCCUGAUGUGUGGAGCUGUGCUACAAUUUUGAUUUUAUUUAGACUAAUUUUUCAAAGAGUUACAGUAUCCUGGUGGCAGUGAUAUAUACUCUCUGAGUUAAUAACCUAUUUUAGCUUGAUUGUAUAUUCUUGACACAUAAUCCAAAAACCAGGUCACUCACACUGUAAAAUUCCAAUAACAAAAGUUUCCUGAGUUAUACAAUGACAUUUUUUUAUUUUCUUUUUAACUGAGGCAUUUCUGGAAUACAUUUAACAUGUAUAUUUGUUCUGCAUAUUUGCAUAAAAAUACCAUUCGACCAGAUUGACUUAAAAAGUGUUAAGUUUAUAUUUUAAACUGGAUAAUACUCUGGCUAGUAUAAUAUGUAAACUAGUAAUUUUGUUUUAUAUUCUCUGUAUAAAGUGUUUUAUAAUAUACAAUAGCGAAGUGAAUUGCACUAUUGCACAUGCAACACAGCUUUUUUUUAGGUUAUUCAAGGAAUUCCUGGGAAUGUAGUUUAUUGCAAUAAUUUAUUUUUUUUUUUCAAUAAAACGGCUUACUGGUAUAAAGAGUGUCAGUCAUGUGUUUUUAACGUAAAGCAUACCAAAAGGCAUCAACAUAAUAAAAUGCAGAAUGAUGCAAAGAUAUUCUGUAUUUUAAUUUGCAGAAGUGAAAUGCAUUUAAUUUAUCCCUGUGGCUAUAAUCCUGAAAUUUCUUAGAAUGUUUCCUAAAGAUUUUAGUAUGUGUUAAA